AUGCGUGCGAAGAGCGGCGCGUCGCUGGUCGAGAACACGUCGCCCUUAAAGCCUGUGCGAGAGCUGGAGGUCUUCAGCGUCCCGGAGGACGAAGAGAACUCGCUGGAAGAUGACUUGUCUGCAGAGGAUGGGGUGCAUCACUGGGACAUCAAGAAGUCUCCUGCCGCUCACUUUGGUAGUCGACGCAUAGGGCAGGUCGUCAUACCUUUGGAACUUCAAAAUUCAAUUGAUCGACUUAUAGCAGAGUCCGACAAAUCAAUGCUACACCAGGACGCUAAACGGCUCUUCAUGGAUGAAACCGAGAAUCAGUGGCAUUUAUCCUACGACACCAAGUAUAAGUCGAGACAACAAGCUGGGCGACAUCGAGAGAGGGACGGUACAGCAUUCGCGUCAGUCGCCCUUCCAGCACACUACUCUGCCAUUUAUUCGGUAUUGGAUCAUGUGAAGCGCCGGCUGGGUCCUGACUGGAAAGUGGGACGAAUCAUCGACUGGGGUGCCGGGACUGGAAGUGGCCUAUGGGCUGCGGGACAUUGCUUCCAGUCUGCAGAUUCGGCUAUCGACCGUCAGCUUGCAUUGUCUACAGUCUUCAAUUACGUUGGGAUCGACAGGCGGGAUGGACUAGUUUCCAUCGGAAAACGCUUACUGCAAAAUAUCGAGAUGGGCGACUUAAAGGUAUCCUGGCGGAAAUCACUCCACGAGGAGGACACAGUGGAACGUGCACGCGGGGGAGACUUCGUGGCAUUAUCCGCAUUCCAGCUGUCUUCUUUACCUAAUCCACUGGCCAAGAAGGAGCUUGUCAAGGAAAUGUGGGAGAGCGGUGCCAGCGUUAUCAUCUUGAUUGACCACAGCACGACGGAAGGCUUUGAGAGUAUCGCAGAAGCCAGGCAAAAGAUACUCACGAUGGGACGCAAAGAACUCCAGAACCCUGACAUGGCGAGCUGGCCGUCCGAAAUUAAAGGGGCUCAUGUGGUUGCACCUUGUCCACAUGACGGCACCUGCCCUCUGUACCACCCCGGAUCGACGCGACUCGUGUGCGGCUUUUCGCAGCGGCUGCAACGCCCUGAGUUCAUCCGCAGGACGAAACACUCCGGAACGGGUCACGAAGAUGUUGGAUACUCGUACGUCGUCAUUCGGCGAGGUGAGCGUCCAGCGGUGCCGGAGAAGAAAGUGGGACGGAUAGGCUCUGUCGGCGCUCGCGUGCUGGAGAAGCUGGCCUUCAAUCCUGAACCGCUUAAAGAGCUCAGGCUCGUUGGCGAACAUCACGAACACCCUUCUGCAAAGCAUGAAGACGUUCAUAUAACUGGCCCUACUAGGCUUACUGAAGUAGAAGGGUCGUUUGAUGAGAUACAGGAUCAGUUACGUCUCGAAGCCUUCAGCUGGCCGCGUUUAGUGUUCCCCCCUUUGAAACGCAGCGGCCAUGUCAUCAUCGAUGCAUGCACACAUGAAGCCAAGAUUAUGCGCAUGACAAUCCCGAAGUCGCAAGGCAAGCAGCCUUUCUACGACGCUCGGAAAUCGAGCUGGGGCGAUAUAUUCCCGCACGAACCCAAGAAUGCCCCUCAGGAAAGGCACCAGCCCACUCGCGCGAGACGGGCUGGUGACACAACCCCCGUCAAAGGCAGCGACAUCGGCAAACGCAAGAACUUGCACAGACAGCAGGCCGCCAGCUACGCAAGUCUCGAUGGUGAGCUGAAAGAGCGGGCGGAUAAACUGCGUCAGCAAAGGGUUCGGAACCGCGACUCGUUCGAUGAUCUUGAUUAG